AACUGGACACGAUCCAGGCCCGCUUCCAGCCAGACACACAGUAGCUGCUCGGACACGAUCGAGCCUCUGGACUCUUUGGGAAAGACGAGAUUCGAGCUGUAUUCACGUUCCGGGGUGUGAAUGAAACCCUCUAGUGUUGGGCUGAUAUAGUGGAGGAGCCGCAGUUGCUGAGCGCAGUGCUGUUGAAUAUCAGCAGAUGGGAUGGAAGACACUCAAAUUAUACUGUUGCUCUAGUUUAGCGACUAACAAGAGAACUUUGUAAAGGCAUUAUAACAGUAGGUUAUAAGGACAUUUUCCUGGACAGACUUUUGGAGAGCUCUACAUUGUCAUUGGCUCAUAUGGCACUUCAUGGAGAGCAGCGAUGAACACGACAGUCUUCAGUAAGUUUGAUCGGUUGCGUUUCGAGGAGACCGAGCAGAAUGUGGAGAGAACCAGUAGGAGCUAUUUAGAGGUGAUUGAUGGACAACAUUCAGAUUUACUGACAAGCCACAACGUGAUGGAUGGCACCGAAGCUCUCAAACACAGACGAAAUGGCGGAGGGAAGGUUCGACACAAACGUCAGGCCCUGCAGGAUAUGGCUCGACCGCUGAAGCAGUGGCUCUAUAAGCACAGGGACAACCCUUACCCCACCAAAACUGAGAAGAUACUGCUGGCUCUGGGCUCCCACAUGACCCUGGUCCAGGUCUCAAACUGGUUCGCGAAUGCGAGGCGUAGGCUCAAGAACACAGUUCGACAGCCUGACUUGAGCUGGGCUUUACGUAUAAAACUGUACAACAAAUAUGUACAAGGCAACGCUGAGAGACUCAGCAUUAGCAGUGAUGACGCAACAUCAGACGAUGGGGAGAAUCCUUUACAGAUGCAGGCUAGCGAAUCCGACUAUAACAGACCCACGCACAAGAGCGUUAUUCAGGACAGCAGAGGCAAAGUGGUGGGGCGAAGUACAGACCCCUCGGUUUGUGAUGAUUACGUCUCUCCGCCAAAAUACAAGAACAGCUUGCUAAACCGCUAUCUAAAUGAUUCCCUUCGGCACGUAAUGGCCUCCGAAAAAGUUAUGGACUCUCGGAAGAGGAACCAUUCUGGAUCGUUUAGCUCCAACGAGUAUGAGGACGAUUUGCUCUCGCCCUCAUCAGAAGCUGAGGCAAACUUCACCUACCGUACAGUGACGUUGGACUGUGGCAAGCGCCAGAGCGACAGCGGCGCUCGUAAAGGUGGCGGAGGAGGAAAUAAUGAGACUUACUGGAAAGAGCUCCACGCCGCCAUGGCCCUGACCAACCUGGCCCAAGGGAAGGAGAGCGCCGCGCCGGGCACCACCAGCUGUAUCAUCCAGAAGUCUUCCCAUAUAGCGGAGAUUAAGACUGUCAAAGUGCAACCCCAACAUUAGUGGCUAACGGACUGGACAGCGGUCUGUACUAGGUCAAAAUUGCUAAAAGACUACCUGAACACUUGACUAUGUACUACAUGCAAUAAUUUAGUUGAAAAUGAUCCACAGCAGCCUUUUCUGAGAGGAAAAAUACAUGUUGACCAGUGUGCCUAUUUUUUUAUGUGUUUUUUUUUUUACCACUGUCUGUUGAAAAAUGACGCAGAGAGGAGAGUUUGAUGUGUGGACGGUCACUACCACUAAACACAGAAGCACACAAAUCUGACUCUUUUUGAUUUAUACUGUCAUCAUUUCUGAAAUACAGUGGCUAAAAUGUAAUAUAUUCAUCAUAUAUGUAUUCAUUUUCCUAAGUUAUGUUCAUUUUUGAUUCUAAUUGACACAGGAUUAUUGUCAUCCUAUGGCAAUGGCAUAUAAAUGUGGAUUCUUGUGUUUUGUUUUGGCAGGUGUGACAUAUAGAGGAAGUUUAUUUCCUUUUUUUUAAUGGAUAGCUUUUAAAUGCAUUCAUGUGUCAUUGCCUGUGAAGUUUAUCAUGCAAAACAGAGUCAGUUGAGAGCAAAUAAAAGUUUCUCAAUAAAAUACAGUUGCGCUUUGAUAAA